AUGUUCAUGCCCAGAUAUGUGUUCCCCACAUACAACAUAGCAAAACAAGAUUUCAAAGGACACCAGCUGAAAGCACUGAGAAAACUGGACUCCCUGAAGCCGCAAAUCCAACUGAUCUGCGAAAUCAGAGAUAUAAGGGCGCCGCUCUCCACACGCAACGUGCUCAUCGACAAGAUAAUCGACAAGAGGUUCCACGAAAAACUCGUAAUCUACACCAGGAAGGACCUGAUGACACACAAUCCGGAGUACCUCCAGAAGCUCUCCGCAUGGCACGAACAAAUUGGCGAAAACUACAUAAUGAUCAACUCCAAGAGAGCGCCUGAUGUAGCGAACGUCCUCAAGACGCUGCAAUGGUACAAGAAAAAGUAUCACGACAACCUGGACGGCAUCCCGCCGCCAAUGGGAUACAAAGUCCUCGUCAGUGGCAUGCCCAACGUCGGCAAGUCCACGUUAAUAAACUCAUUGAGAUACCUAGGGAGCGACGCCAACAGGGGCAAAAAAGUCGCCAGAACCGGGGCCGAGGCCGGCAUUACGCGCUCGACGAGCGAGUUGAUCCGGAUCGGCGCGGCGCACGACCAACUCUAUCUGAUCGAUACCCCGGGAAUUGGCCUGCCGGGGCGACUCAACGUCGGCAACAAGAUGAUAGUGCUGUCGCUGUGCGGAUGCAUCAAACAGGGCGUCAUCGACCCGAUAAUAGAGGCUGACUACCUGCUGUUCUUGAUGAACCUACAACGCGGGGCAACAGAACGCUCGUCUUUCCUGCAGUGGUAUCCCGCGAUCGGUGAACGCCCGAGUAACGACAUCUACGAGGUACUGGAAAGGAUGAGAAAGAACAGGAAAUCGACGCUCGAAGACCUUGCCAGAUCGUGGAUCCAGAGGACCAUCCUUUCGCAUGAUCUCAUUUUUGACAAGGAGCUGCUGCUACCCGCCGACGACUUCUCCUUCCGAGACUAUGUCAGGAACGAAGUUGCGUCAUCCGCAAGUUUCGGAAUGUCGACGGAGAACACGCGCAGAACGACGCGUCAGAACGACUCGUCCUUGUUCCGAAAGCACAUACAAUGA